AUAAAAUGAAGGUCUUACCUGUUCUGAUUGCUUUGGGAGUCAUCUCUGUCUCUUUGAUGGGAAUGUUCCAAAGUUCAAAUGACCAGUUGGAUGCACAGUUCACCAACUAUAUGACUACUUAUGAUAAGAGUUACCAUACUGAAGACGAAUACCAGUUUAGAAGAGACAUCUUCAAUAAAAACUUGGAGAUUAUUAAUGAGCACAAUGCCCAAGGAAAAUCCUUUACUUUGGGAGUUAACAAGUUCACCGACUGGACUGAUGAAGAAUACAAGGCUAUUCUUGGAUACAAAAAAGUUAGCCAUUCCUUAAAAUCUGCUUCUGGAAACAACCCCAGCUUGAAGGCUUUUAAGGCCACUGGAAAGAAGGAUCUCGUCAGCAUUGACCACAGACAUCUUUUGGAGGAAGUUCAAGACCAAGGAAGCUGCGGAUCUUGCUGGGCCUUCUCAACUGUUGCUGCUUUGGAAGGUGCCUACGCACAAGAAUUUGGAGAGGUCGUAAAAUUCUCUGAAGCACAUCUUGCUGAAUGCGAUAAGUUCUCUGGUGGAUGUAUGGGAGGAUUCAUGAUUAAUGGUUUCCUAUUCUACACCCAGCACGGACCUGUUCUUGAAAAAGAUUAUGAGUACAUUCUUCCAUUAGGAGAAUGUAAGAGAAGCCAGGCUAAAUCAGACUUCCCGACUAUUCCAUAUGCUUUCAGAGUUGAAGAUAAUGAAGACGAUCUUUAUGAAGCCUUGAGCCACGGUAUCGUCUCUGUUGCCAUCCAAGCUGAAAACAAGUACAUGAGAGGAUACAGAGGAGGAGUCAUCGAUGGUGAAGACUGCGGAACUGAACUCGAUCACGGAGUUACUCUUGUUGGAUAUGAAGCUGAGACCGAUGCCUGGAUCGUCAGAAACUCAUGGGGUGCAAAUUGGGGAGAAGAUGGAUACUUCAGAAUUAAGAGAAGAUCUGGCAAGGGAAUCUGUGGAAUUAACAUGGACACUGCCCAGCCUGUUUUCCAUCCUGAAGAUUACUAAAUGAUUCUUA